GGGGGCGGCCGCCGCAGCCCAUUGGCCGGCAGCGGAGUGUCGGUGAAGUCAGCGCCGAGUCCCAGAAAAACAGAGCGGGGCCAACUGCAGCGUGUAGUGCGAGUGGAGCAGGACGCGCGCCGCCCGCCCGCCCGGAGACCCGCAAGGAGCUGGCAUUUGUUGGAAGAGUUUGUGAAACCUUCUCUCUGCCCAGAGCUCAAGACCAAUGCAUCCCACCACCUUAAACCACUGAGCAUUUCGGAGCCCCAGUAGCAGAAGACUUGUCCUGUUACCACCAUGAGCUCUGAAUGUGACGUUGGUGCUUCUAAAGCUGUGGUCAACGGGCUGGCGCCAGGCAGCAAUGGGCAGGACAAAGACAUGGAUCCUACAAAAAUCUGCACAGGGAAGGGAGCAGUGACUCUCCGGGCCUCGUCUUCCUACAGGGAAAUCCCGAGCAGCGGCCCCACAAGCCCUCAGGAAACCCCGCAGCAUGAGAGCAAGCCAGUUCUGGACUCAGAGACUCCCUCAGCAGAUGAGUGGAGGCUUUCUUCCAAUGCGGAUGCCAAUGGAAACGCCCAGCCCUCCUCACUUGCCGCCAAGGGCUACAGAAGUGUGCAUCCCAACCUUCCUUCCGACAAGCCCCAGGAUUCAGGCCCUCUACUAAAUGAAGUUUCUUCAUCCCACGUGGGAACCGAUCCCCAGAGCUCUGCGCCAGCUAGCAAGCCAUCUUCUGCCUACCCCUCUACGACAAUUGUCAAUCCUACUAUUGUACUCUUGCAACACAACCGAGAACAGCAAAAACGACUCAGUAGCCUUUCAGAUCCUGUCUCAGAAAGAAGAGUGGGAGAGCAGGACUUGGCACCAACGCAGGAGAAACCCACCUCACCUGGAAGGGCUACUGAGAAAAAGGCAAAGGAUGACAGUAGACGGGUGGCCAGGAGCGCUCAGGACCUGAGCGAUGUUUCCAUGGAUGAUGUGGGCAUCCCACUCCGGAACACCGAGAGAUCCAAAGACUGGUACAAGACCAUGUUUAAACAGAUCCACAAACUAAACAGAGAUGAUGAUUCAGAUCUGUACUCACCUCGGUACUCCUUUUCUGAAGACACAAAAUCUCCCCUUUCUGUGCCUCGCUCAAAGAGUGAGAUGAGCUACAUCGACGGUGAGAAGGUGGUUAAGAGGUCGGCCACGCUUCCCCUCCCAGCCCGCUCUUCCUCACUAAAAUCAAGCCCAGAGAGAAACGACUGGGAGCCCCCAGAUAAGAAAGUGGAUACAAGGAAAUACCGCGCAGAACCCAAAAGCAUUUACGACUACCAGCCGGGCAAGUCUUCUGUUCUGACCAACGAAAAGAUGAGUCGGGAUAUAAGCCCAGAAGAGAUAGAUUUAAAGAAUGAACCUUGGUAUAAAUUCUUUUCGGAAUUGGAGUUUGGGAAACCGCCUCCCAAAAAGAUAUGGGAUUAUACUCCUGGAGACUGCUCUAUCCUUCCUAGAGAGGAUAGAAAGACUAAUCUAGAAAAAGAUCUCAACCUCUGCCCAGCAGAGUUAGAGGCACAUUUAGAAAACACGGAGAUGCUUAAUAAAAACCUGUCCCAGAGCUCGGCAGUCAGCCCCAGCCUGGAUAUUUCUGCGGAGGCUCCUGGAUAUAUCUAUUCUUCCAACUUCCACGCAGUGAAGAAGGAAUCAGAUGGGGCUCCCGGGGAUCUCGCUAGCUUGGAGACUGAGAGGCAGAUUUACAAGAGCGUCUUGGAAGGUGGAGACAUCCCUCUCCAGGGCCUGAGCGGGCUCAAGCGACCCUCCAGCUCAGCCUCCACUAAAGUGGAUCGUAAAGGUGGGAAUGCUCACAUGGUUUCUUCAUCUUCAGUUCCUAGCCGAAUGGUUAGCUCUAGCAAUGCAUUAGGCCCCAUGUGUAAGCACAAGAAACCCCUGUCCGCUGCAAAGGCCUGCAUUUCGGAAAUCCUUCCCUCCAAAUUCAAACCCAGGCUCUCCGCUCCCAGCGCUCUUUUACAGGAACAGAAGAGUGUCUUAUUGCCGGCAGAAAAGGCUCAGAGCUGUGAGAACCUUUGUGUUUCACUGUCUCUGAAUGAUUCCAAAAGAGGUCUCCCCCUCCGAGUGGGGGGGAGCAUCGAGAACCUGCUCACGCGCUCCCGGCGGGACUGGGACAGCAAGUCGAGCAGCACCGUGAGCCUCCAGGAAUACGGCACCGGCACCAGGAGGCCCUGCCCUCUCUCCAGAAAGGCUGGGAUGCAGUUCACCAUGUUAUACCGGGACAUGCACCAGAUCAACCGAGCCGGUCUCUUCCUGGGCUCCAUCUCCUCCUCAAGCGUGCGAGACCUUGCCUCCCACUUCGAAAGGAACAGCCUGGCGUUGGCCAGGGGCGAGCUGGGCUCUAGCCAGGAGGGCUCGGAACACAUCCCCAAGCACACGGUCUCCUCCCGCAUCACGGCAUUUGAGCAGCUGAUUCAGCGGUCGAGGUCCAUGCCGUCCCUGGACCUGUCCGGGAGGCUAAGCAAGUCCCCCACGCCUGUGCUGUCCCGGAGUGGCCUGACCUCAGCCCGUUCAGCUGAAUCCCUCCUGGAGUCGACCAAGCUGCGACCCCGGGAGAUGGACGGGAUGAACCCGGGGGGGCUCUAUGCCACCCCAACAUGCAGCAACAUGGUCGAGCCCCCCUUGGGCUUCAGGGGCCUUACGCCUUCUGAGCCCCUCUCUGCCUGCUCCGACGAGCUCGACCACUGUUCAAACAUCUCCAGCGACAGCAGAGAGGGCAGCAGCAGCAGUGUCCACGGAGACUUUCCCAAGCACCGCCUCACCAAGUGCAAGGGCACCUGCCCGGCCUCGUACACCCGAUUCACCACCAUCCGAAAGCACGAGCAGCAGCAGACGUCCAGACAGUCCGACUGGCGCCCAGAUCUCAGAGGGGACAGGAGCACGCUCCUCAGGAACAUCUACCUAAUGAGCCCCCUCCCUUUCCGAUUGAAAAAGCCCCUCCAGUCCCACCCUAGGCAGCCUUCCCCUGGUGACUUCUCAGCUCCUCAGGCCGGCCAGAAGCCAGACCUCCCCAGCCAGCCCCAGCAGGACAAGACCCCCUCCGGGGGGAAGCCCUCGGUUCCCAAACGCCUGUCUUCCCGACACACCAUGGCGAGGCUGGGCCGGAUCUCGGAGCCCCCUCAGGGGAGACCCGCAGUCCCAGAUGAUUGCCUGAGGGCCUUUCAUAAUGGCAACUCCGUGCCGUACUCAGACCCCGGCCUGGACAGGAACAACAACCCACACAGUGAACUGGGAACAUCCCUCGGAGAUUCGGAGUCACCAAGGCAUUUUAUACCUGCUGAUUAUUUGGAAUCCACGGAAGAAUUUAUUCGGAGGCGUCAUGAUGAUAAAGAGAAACUUUUAGCGGACCAGAGACGACUUAAGCGUGAGCAAGAAGAGGCCGAUAUCGCAGCUCGUCGCCACACGGGCGUCAUCCCGACGCACCAUCAGUUUAUCACUAAUGAGCGCUUUGGGGACCUCCUCAAUAUAGACGAUACGGCCAAAAGGAAAUCUGGGUCAGAGAUGAGACCUGCCAGAGCCAAAUUUGACUUUAAAGCUCAGACCCUCAAGGAGCUUCCUCUGCAGAAGGGGGACAUCGUGUACAUCUACAAGCAGAUCGACCAGAACUGGUAUGAAGGAGAGCACCACGGCCGGGUGGGCAUCUUCCCGCGCUCCUACAUCGAGCUUCUUCCUCCUGCUGAGAAGGCUCAGCCCAAGAAGUUGGCACCGGUGCAGGUUUUGGAAUACGGAGAAGCUGUUGCCAAGUUCAACUUCAAUGGUGAUACGCAAGUAGAAAUGUCCUUCAGGAAGGGUGAGAGGAUCACGCUGCUCCGACAGGUGGACGAGAACUGGUACGAAGGGAGGAUCCCAGGAACGUCCCGGCAGGGCAUCUUCCCCAUCACCUACGUGGACGUGAUCAAGCGGCCCCUGGUCAAAAAUCCCGUGGAUUACAUUGACCUGCCUUUCUCCUCCUCCCCAAGUCGCAGUGGCACCGCGAGCCCACAGUUUGCCAGUCACAGCAAGCUCAUCGUGCCGGCCCCCUCAUCCCUGCCCCACCCCCACCGAGCCCUGUCCCCUGAGAUGCACGCUGUCACCUCUGAGUGGAUCUCCCUGACUGUUGGGGUCCCAGGCAGGCGGCCUCUGGCCCUGACCCCACCCCUGCCUCCUCUUCCAGAAACUUCUGUCUAUAACACGGACCCCCUCUCCUCGUGGGCGAGACCGGGUUCCUCUCUCUCUCUCAGCCUUCCUCAUUCGAGCUGGUCCGAUCGAUCCACCCCACGCUCGCUGGCUUCCCCGCUGGCCUUUCCUCCCUCCCACAAAGCUGCCUCCUUGGCACCCGGAGCCCCCACCUUCCUUCACGUCAAUGGGGACAGUGGUAUCCACGUGCCACCCCCAGGUGUCCACCAGGAUAGCUUCCCGCAGCUGCUGCCAGGGAGCUCUGAUAGGGUCAUCUCGGAGCUCAGCAACGCCUUUAGCAGCCAGGGUAAGCGGCAGCCGAGGCGAGAAGAGCGCGGACAGUGUGAGAGGAGAGCAGAGCGGGAGGCAGGUGAGAGAUACCCCGGAGCACCCAGGAUCUCUAAGAAGAGCUGCUUGAGACCUUCAGACGUGGUCAGGUGCCUGAGCGCGGACCAGAGACUCUCGGACCUCCGUGCGCCCGAGGAGAGCCAGCCCGGCAAGCCCCCGGGUAGCCCUUUUCCAGGAAGGGAGGCUGAGCAGACAGAGCUGCAUAGAGGUGGCGAGCAGGCCGAGAGGAGGGCCGCUCGGAGUGCGGGGAGCCAGCAACCUCAAGCCCAGCAGCGAAGAGUCACCCCAGAUAGGAGUCAAACCUCACAAGAUUUGUUUAGCUACCAAGCAUUGUAUAGCUAUAUACCCCAGAAUGAUGAUGAAUUGGAACUCCGAGAUGGAGAUAUUGUUGAUGUCAUGGAAAAAUGCGAUGAUGGAUGGUUCGUUGGUACUUCAAGAAGGACAAGGCAAUUUGGUACUUUUCCAGGCAACUAUGUAAAGCCUUUGUAUCUAUAAGAAGAUUGAAAACCGGAGAUUAUUUUUUAUUGGAGGAUGAAGCAUAACUCAUGAACUGGUCUUUUUAUUUAAACGUUGAGUCGGUAGGAAAACUAAUGUAGUGGAUAAAGUAAGAAGCAAAAGAGAGGGACAGAGAAGUAUUGUGUCUAAAGCCCGAGUCUGUCUACGCUGACAGCAUAUCAGGCAAGCCGGACUGAGGAAAAAGGAAUGAGGCAAGUCUGUAUUUACUUAGCUGCUUCUGGGAGCCACUCCAAGCCUUCCCCGCCUCUCCCCUUCUUGGGUAAUCUGACCUGUAACACAGUCCAGGAUCAGUGAGGUCAGAAAUGCCUCUUGCUGCCCUGGCCUUGACCAGCUCUGGCUCGACGUGGCCAUUUAGCCAGAAGCAGCCCUCGGGACACCAGGCAGAUCCCCAGCCGUUCUCCAAAGGCUCCGUACCCCAGCCAUCCCAGAGCCCACCGGUUUCCCAACGUUGCUGGAAAUCUGCUUAGGCAGCCGAGGCCUCCCCUGGACAGUGGUGGAGGCUACGAGGCUCUCCAAGACCAUGUGCCUCGUUCCUGGGGAACAUGGGGCAAUGGAGGGAGCAUGAAGGUGCCUUGUGCACUGAGCCUGCAUGCACCAUGGCCCUCGACGCCCCUGGUGUUCAGACAGAAAAGCACAUGAGGUUUGCUGGUGGAAGUGGGGUGCCCAGGUCAGGUAGUUAAAGUUGUGUUUCCAAGUGGUAACGUUAGGAAGUUCUGUAGCUAUCAAGGUCGCUUGCGACGUGACCCUUUCCCAUAUCACUGACUUUUGUAAAUGGUUACCUUCGGCACAAUUUCAUUUACCAGAUUGCCAGUGCUAACCUUUCUUUUCUGGAUUGUUUUUGGUCAGGGCAUUUUGAGGUGGCUAGGCCUGUUCUCUCAGAGAACCAGGGAUGGCGUUCAGUGAAUUGUUGAACAGACACCAUCGCAUGCUGGACGCUGGCGCCACCGAGGAGCAGGACAUGCCCCACGCCCUACACUCACUGUGUCCUCAUUUGUACUCCCCGAAGCAGGUUCAGGAACCGCCCACAAGGUAGUCACCCAGGGUCCCCACCCUGGUGAGGCUUCUUUUCAGAGCAGAAGGCACAGAGGCUGUGGCCCUAUGUGCGAGGUAGUGAUUCUGCUGCUCCCAGGAGGUCUGUCCUCUGUGGGGUCACGUGGGAGAAAGGAGGCCCCUGUGACACCCCGAGUGCUCAGUCACAACUCCAUCCAUCUUGAGGAUGUUGGUCAGCCUCUCUGUUAGGUCCCUUGAAGAAAUAGGGACUGGCCCAUCUGCCUGUCGGGAACUCACAGGUGACGGGAGAGGCAGACACACAAAACUACUGGGUCAAGAGAGACUGUGAUAUGUGCUGAGAAGGGUAUGAGAGAGGAGGAGGUUAUCUUUCCCUGGAGAGACUCUAGAAAGCAUUGUCGUGUUUCUCUCUCCAUGAGCUCACUCUUGAACAACUAGGCUGCUGGAAGAACCUUUGUCUGAGGGUAGUUUAUGGCCAGAAAUUGUUGGAACUGUUUCCAGAGUCUUCAGACUCUCAUCCUCCCCCACAAAUACACAUCCAAGGUCACAAAUAAAAAGAGCAUUUCUAGGUAGGUGGACUGUGUACGGGAAUCCUGGCUCUCUGCAUAUAGCUCAGAAUUGCCCCCCAACCAUUGUCCCAGAGUCUGGAGUCCUUACAAGGAGGCAGAGUCUGUCUUCAGUGCCUCUGCCUUCUGUCUCUGCCACUUACCUGCCACCCAUCAGCUCUGCACCCCUGAGCCCCCAUCAGACAGCCUCAUUCUCUCCCUGUCCUCCUUUCAAGUCCUUGUCUCAGGAAAGAAAAUGCUGCUGACUCCUUCACACUAGAGUGUAAAUGACUGAAAAGAGGAAUGUGUUAACUUCUUCCUGGAGACAUUUGUUUUUAACUAGGACAGAGAAGAGCCUUAACCCCAAGGGAUGAGGCUAUGGAACUAAUGGUGGGGGUAGGGGGGCCAGUGGUGGGGGAGGAGCUUCCUGGGUAGAAGGAGCCUCUCUGAGUCUUUGAAUCAGACUCCCUGGAAGUCUGGAAGGUCCACUUCCCCCGGGGGGUGCUGUUUGACUCUCUCUGAGGGAAUAUAGUGCAAGUGCAUAUGCACGUGCGUUUUGCACGACAGCAUUUCACUCAUUUUUGGAAUGUUAACUCCUAUAUUGGCUAACAUGUUUCCUGGUCUGUCAUAGAUGCAAACCAUUAAUAAUAAUCUUAAUCUAAUAGUUCUGUUUUUGUUUUAUUUUUUUUUGAGGGGUGCUUCUUGAUUCAGUAGGUAAUUUUGAACACCUCUUUAAAUACAGCUAGAAAAUAAAACCAAUUUGUAAAGCCACAUUCACGUAUGAUGCCAGCCUCACGCAUUUGUAGAUCUCCAGAAACCCAGGUAUGCCUCACCGAUUUGCCAGUCUUUAAGAAAAUCAUGUCAAAAUUUGCAUCAAACUUCAGCUUCCUAUGUAUGACAAAACAAGGAACCAAGGUUUCCAAUUGCUCUUUUGUCCUCAGACAUUUAGUAAUAUAAAAUACCUAUUUUUAUGCGAGAUAUUUAUACAGGUUUAUUAAUAGCAAGCGCAACUAACUGGCACCAUGCCUUGCAACACAUUUUGAUAUAUUCGCCAUGCUUCUGGGUAAAGGCAAGCCCCAACUACUUACUUUUGCAGUCUCUCUCGGAUCAGUAAAAGAAAAAAAAAAUCAUAUGCAUAAGAAGUAGGACUGUAAAUAUGUAUAUUUAACUUUGUAUAGCCCAUGUACCUACUUUGUAUAGAAAAAUAAUUUUAAAAAUUUGAACUGAAGGGGGGUAAAAUAAGGAAGUCAUGAAGCUUUUUGCAUUUUUAUUUAAAUGAAGGAAUUCCAAAUAAUUCAUCUGCAGAUUUUUAGCACAAAAAUAGCCAUUGUAAAGUGUUAAAAUUUCCAAUAAUCAUUCUUUCUGGGAGAGAAGGUCAUUGUUAUCUCAGUUAUAGGUUUUUUUGUUUUUUUAAUAUCGUUUUUGAUUUAUUUUUUGCAGUCCUAUUUAUCUACAGUAGGUAUAAGUUCUUUUGCUAGAAUAGGUCACUACAGAGAAGAUUAUAUUCUGAGAGAAAAAUAACUGACAUUAUACAUAACCAAUUAAUUUAAAGUGUUGCCAUUUUAAUCACACAUGGAGAGCAUGUACUAUGCCGAAACAGAUUGUUCUCUUCAUUUAUUUUUCUUUAUUGCCGUGGAUCGAUUUGAUAAAUGGGUGUGUUGAGAUACUACAUUUGCUGUACGUAUUAUUUAAUAAACUUUAUUCAGAAUUGCGUGGCA